UCAAUAAUAAAAAUUUAAUCAAGUUGUUAAUUAUUUGACUUAUUAAUUUUUCUUUAACCAGAAAAUUCGUAAAAAAUUUUUUUGCAAAAUUAUUUGGCAAUAGAGAUCGAUUGAAAUGUAAAGACAUUAUUUCAUGAAAAAUAAUAAUUAAAUCAUUAAUUAGCAAUUUGAACACACGCAAUUAUGCUAAUAAAAUAGGAUUAAACUUAUUUAUCUGACAAAAUGACCAAUAAUUUAUAGGUAAUUAUUUACGUAAAGCCCAGAAUUGAUCAACAUAUUUGAUCAAAUUCGAUCUAACUUAACUAUUUCAAUAAGACAUUUUUCGAGAAUCAGAACUGAACGGAACUGAAAAAAAUUUGGUAGGCCCGCGUUUAUCUUUCUUGAUAAGUGAACUGUGACGAUUCGCGUUGACGUAUCGCGAAUCAUAUCUUAUCGUACAUUUUUAAACCACACGUACUAGAAUGUCUGCGAAUUCGAAUGUGUGGCUGAUAAGAAAUAACAUAUUCCUGAUUUAAUUUCUAGAAAAAAAGAAAUUUCUAGAAAAAAAGAAAUCACUAAUAGAUGAUCUCUUGGUGGUCCCACUUCGUGGGACGAGGGGCGAGCAGAAGCAGCGCGCUUUUUCACUUUUAUUUUCGCGUCUCUUAUCUCUAGUAAAAUCGAGCGCUCGCGCGCCGACUCGACACUUUCGGAAAUUUACUCGUGUGUUUAUGCCGUUACGUAACACUCCGCGCACCACACUCUGUGCAAAUAUAUCCUGAAAAGGCGUACGGUGACAAUCGGUCGGGUGCGAUUUUCUUCGGAUUCCAUCGUUUCGAACGACGCAGUAGCGGCAGCGCGUACCGGCCGGCUGCCACGCGCGCCAUAGAUUGUUUAUUUUAAAUUUUACAGCCUCAUUCGUUUUCUCUUUUUUUUUUCUAUUUCGCAUGGUCGUUCGCGUACAACAAUAUCCGUCGCGUCUCCGACCGAAUUACGUCGCUUCUCCCGAGUUAACAAUUUUCAUUAUGGUUCCGUUUGACCUUAUGCGUCGGGAGUGCGCGCGCAUAGCGAUCGAUAUUUUAAUUCGCGAGGCAUUCGCGAGCUGCACGCGAACGCCGGUUGUCCGGCGACCAGUGGAAACCAUUUCGCAGAUGCUUGCCUACGGUGUCAGGCGGAAAGUAAGAAGGAAGUUUACGGUCGACAAGACUGCGUGGUCGUUUGGGGCGAGUGCAAUCACUCGUUCCAUUAUUGCUGCAUGUCACUUUGGGUCAAACAAAACAAUCGUUGUCCACUGUGCCAGCAAGAAUGGUCUAUCCAACGAAUGGGGAAAUAAUCGCAAUUUCUUAUCUCAGCCGAGACAUUUCACGCACUUAGGCUUGGUGAUAUGGCAAGUGAUAAAAAUGGUACUACGAAUCGGGCCCUUUUGAUGUUGAGAUUUUAUACAUAUACGCAAUGAUAUUUUUAUUAUUUUAUAAGAAAUUAUUUCUGUUUCUGUAUGGAAUCUAUUUGUACAUUACGUAUAUAUAAUUAAUAUCGAAAUAUACAAAAUAUCAAUUCAGUAGCAAAAUAUUAUCAAUUAAAAAUCUAUGUUCUGAGUGAAUUUGAAUCCGGAUCUUUGAUGCAACACACGUGCAAUUUUUGCGCCAUAAUUAUCAUAUACACACACAUAUAUAUUUGAUUGACAAAAAAAUAAUUAUUUUGUUAAUUGUUCUAUAACUUGUCUUAUACACAUAUAAAAUAAUAAUAAUAAUAAUAAUAGUAAUAUAUGUAUAAUAAUGUGUGUGUAAAGUACUAAUAUGUGUAAUAAUUAUAGAACAAUUAAUAGAAUGAUUUUGUUUUAUUCCGAUUUAAUAAAUCCAUAUGUAAUCUAUUUUUGAAAAUUUCACAAUUAUUAAAUUCUAAAAAAAGGACAGUAAUAUCGCGUCAUAUAAUACAGAAUGUUUGCAUAUUGUCUGAGAGAUAUGAUGCUUAUCACUUGUGAAAUACUCGGAAGUAAAUUUAUAAUGACGAAAUAUAUCAAAGAUCGUCUCAAAGAUAACAUCUCGUAUCGAAGUGCAAAGUAUCGGCGUCAUGUGGACUUGGUUUCAAUGUUCGAGACAAAUGUACUCCGAAAACAUUGUUGUCAAACAUUACGUAAGAGAUAUUUAUCUUACGUAGAUGUUGCGAAAAGACGAACGAUGAACAAGGUACUUGCAACGUAAAAUUGUAAUCAAUACGCAAUUAGAUCUUUAUAAGAGAAUCGAAAUUUCACCAAAAAGUUAAUUAUAAUUUGUUACUUUAUGCUA